AUGACUGAAUUAAUUGAAAUUCGUCCACUAAAAACAGUGAAACAGCGACAAUCUCCUCCACGUUCAUAUGCAUUUACAACAGUUCAAGCAUCAUCAUCUGAUUCUUCAGAAGAUGAAAAUAGUUCAAAUGAAGAAUCACCAUUCAUUCUUAAAUUAAAACCUUCAAAAUCAUCGAAGCGAAAUAAUACAAUUCAAACAUUACCAAUAAUUCUCAAUACACAACCAGCUAAAAAAAAGAAAAAAUCCCAUAAGAAACAUAUACAACAAUUUCUUAUUAAUACACAACCACCGUCAUCACCAAAGAAAAAAGAAAUUGUUAUUAAACAAAUAAUGGAGCCUACAUUAUCUUCAGGAAUUCAAUAUGUACCUAUGCCAGCUCUAACGCCACCAUUAACGACAAUAAUCGAAAGAAAACCUCUUGUUUAUCAACGUGUUUAUACACCGACUUUAAUUGAAGAACAUUCAAAUGAUUUUUAUAGUUCUUAUGAAUCACCUGUUAGACGACUUGUACGAGCUCAUCCAUCGAAUACAAAAAGUGUUCAUUUACCAAAACAUGCAAAAAAAUUAGUUAAUCGAUUUUUAACUGGAAUUGAACAUGCACAUAGUCGUCGAUAUGAUGAUGGAAGUGAUAGUGACUGUAGUAUCGAUGAUUGUAAAGUAUGUCGUCGAUUUCGAUCAGCUAUGAAUGAAGGUAAACGAAGAAGUUAUAGUGACGAACCACAUAAACAUAAACAUGGUCAUUCGAAGAAUUGUAAAGUAUGUAAUUUAUUAGAAGAAUCGGAUUUUGUUAUUUCGACAACAAAAGAUCAUUCAACGCCUAGUACCAAAAAACGAGGAAAAAAUAUUCAUGUAGUUGAAAGUUUUCCAUCAAAUGUUAAAUCAACAGUAGAAACAACAACAACCACAACAACAACACAACCAAAAUUAGUAGCUAAUAAUGCACCAGCAGCAGUUUCUUCUAUUCCAAUACAACCAUCUUAUUAUCCAAUGUCCUAUCCAACUUAUGUAGAUCCAAACACUGGUCUUACUUAUGCUUACGAUCCAAAUUGGCAAUAUAAUCCAUCUGCAACAGGAGUUCCCUAUGAUUAUUCAUCUUACUAUACCAAUCCAGCUUAUAUACAAAAUAAUCCACGAUACGAAGCGUACAAUACUACUGUACCUGCAGUAACAGUUGCUUCCAAUCCAACAACACAACAGCAAGAACAUAUUCAAACGACAACAACAGUCAGUCCUAAUCCUUUAAUUGAUAAGGGAACAUAUACAUAUAUGCCAACUGAUAAAAAAAAACACAAGUCAACUAAAAAAACAGUAGUUGUUCAUACAUCUCGAAAUCCAACACCACCAGCACCAAAAAUUGUUAUUGAACAACCACGUCGAUCUCGAUUACCACGAAAAAUUCAAUCAACUACUGUAUUGAAAGAACGAACCACACAAACACCAUAUACAACAACAACUACUUAUGUUCGAACUUAA